AUGGGAAUGUGGAUGACUAGAGCUCAGAUUUUUGGUUCGGUCCCUGGAGAUGCCAGCGGGAGUAGAUCCAGUCGGCAGAGCAGUGGCUCUCCCCUCCCCUUUCCCCUACCCCCGCCCCCGCGUAGGGAAAGAUCGCUUCCGGGUAGCCAGCGGCGUGCUAUCCCCGAGUCCCCGGCUCUUCUAGCUGUUCGGCCUCAGAAUGUGGCCCCGGAUAGCGGUGCGGGGGGCACGGGGUCGUGGGUCAUAAGGGAGGGCGGGAGCAUUGGGCCUCGGCGGCCGCUGAAGUUGUGCUCCUGGACUGGCGUAGCCCUUAGGAGCCUGCAUGGGACCCCGACGUGGGCGCGGCCCCUCAUCCCCAUCGUGGUGGAGCAAACGGGCAGGGGAGAAAGGGCCUAUGACAUCUACUCUCGCCUGCUCCGAGAACGGAUCAUCUGUGUUAUGGGACCUAUCGAUGACAGUUUAGCCAGUUUAGUCAUUGCCCAGCUGCUUUUCCUUCAGUCCGAAAGUAACAAGAAACCCAUCCACAUGUACAUCAAUAGCCCUGGGGGCAUUGUGACUUCGGGCUUGGCUAUCUAUGACACCAUGCAAUACAUCCUGAAUCCCGUCAGCACUUGGUGCGUGGGCCAGGCAGCUAGUAUGGGCUCCCUGCUGCUGGCAGCUGGCUGCCCUGGCAUGCGCCACUCACUGCCCAAUUCCCGAAUCAUGAUCCACCAGCCAUCUGGAGGGGCCCGGGGACAAGCUACAGAUAUUGCCAUUCAGGCUGAGGAGAUCAUGAAGCUGAAGAAGCAGCUCUAUGGUAUCUAUGCUAAACACACAAAGCAGCCCCUGGAUGUGAUUGAGGCUGCCAUGGAAAGGGACCGAUACAUGAGUCCUAUGGAAGCCCAGGAGUUUGGCAUCUUGGACAAAGUGCUGGUACACCCCCCGCAUGAUGGAGAAGAUGAGCCAGAGCUGGUACAAAAGGACCCCGUGGCAGACCCUGCUCCUGCAGGGCCCUGAAGAUGGAUGAGCCCAUUCUUCCUUGUGGAUUGUGAGGAGCAUAUCCCCCCAAAAUGAAUGAUACCCUUUGUCUACACUGGCUUUCUCCAUCCCCUGACCUUUGCACUGUGCUACUCUGUCCCAGGACUUUUGGUUGUAGCUUUAGAUUUCAGGGGCCCAUCUGGCGGUGACACAAAGGGAAGAGUACACUGAGUUAGGCUACUGUCCCUGAGCUGAGAGUGUCGAUUUUAAAUUAAAAUUUUGGUCACCUUUUGA